CGCUUAUGCCAAUGUAAUGAACUCAAUUCAUCAUCUCUCUCGUCUGCAAAUGAACUCCUGCAAAACCCUAAUUCGUGCUACAUUAUCAUGUCUAGAUUUUCGAGCUGGAAUCCCAAAUUCAACUACGCGACGCCAUUUUCCCGUAUCUCUUUCAGCUCGUCCAGGGCUGAGAAUCAAAUCACACAGCUCCUUUUCGAUUUCUAGAAGUUACGGUAGUCUGGCAACUGCUAUUACUUCAGAAAUUUCUGAUUUUACAGAGGGAAUUGUAGCUCAGAGUGUUGAUUUAGAUACGCCAGAAGAUUUAUGUAAGGAUAGGGUGGCGGAACUACUGUCCAACAACAAGGAUGAUGUUGCAAACUUGAUGAAAAUGGAGCGUCGUGUGGGAAAUGGUGAGGAGAGGAGGAAGCGCUGGUUUCCUUAUUUGGAUAAAUGUAAAGCUGAGGACGCAUACCUGAGCAGCAGUGAGGUUCUGGAAGCGGUAGAUCCGUUUAUUAUGGACCCGAGGAAGGAGAAGUUUAGGAAUGCAGUGAAUAAUAGGAGUUACUCUGUGUGUUUAGUGGUUGAGGGAUUGAGUGACUUUGGGAAUGUUUCGGCUGCUUUUAGGUCUGCGGAUGCUCUUGGGAUUCAGUCGGUCCAUGUCGUGUCGUUUGACAGCUCCAGAAGGUACAGAGACAACCGCCAUGUCAGCAUGGGAGCCGAAAAAUGGUUGGACAUUGAAUUGUGGAACUCGAUCAGUGAGUGCUUCGAAGUUCUGAAAGCGCGUGGCUAUAGAAUUGCCACAACACACCUGGGGGUGGAAUCGGUUUCCGUCUAUGAUGUGGAUUGGUCUUGUCCGACUGCAAUAGUUGUUGGAAAUGAACUUAAUGGGAUAAGCAAAGAGGCUCUUGAGCUAUCAGAUUUACACUGCUCUAUCCCGAUGAGAGGCAUGGUAGACUCAUUCAAUGUUUCAGUAGCUGCUGGACUUCUGAUGCACCAUGCUGUAUGUGACAGGACUUCCCGCAUGGGUUGCCAUGGGGACUUAGCAGAGGACGAGCGCCAAAUUCUCCUUGCUGAGUUUUACCUCCGCCACAACAAAAACUCCACCAGAAUUGCGAAUGAAUAUUCCAGGAGGAAGUUAGCCAUGCAAUCAAAACUCUGAAAGGACAGCGUUAAAACUUGCAGAUCGGUAGUGAAGAAAUGUUGCAAAUCAUGAUGCACAGUUCUUCAACCGGUACAAAGCUCGUCUUUUGGUUUCAUGACUCUUGCGUUGUUGUAGAAACACAUGGUGGCAAGUUGGUGAACAGUGCUAAGUUGAAUCAAGGUAAAACCAUUACAGAAACGAAGCUGAGCUGAGAUUUUUGGCGGAGCACCAUAAUUGCCUUGGAAUAUUGAUAGCCAUGCCACAUUGCCAGUUAUAUAUCAAAGCUGAAAGCCUCAAAACCAUAAUUGUUGAGUAGAAAACAGAAUCUCCAGCAUCUAAAAGAUACUAGUUUGUAUUUUACACACUUUGGCUAAGUAGCUUGUGAGAUUUCAUUUGAUAUUGUUGUAGCUAUAAUUUAUGUAAUAUAAGGCUCUCUUGCCCCCA